AUGGGGUUGCUCUUCCGUCCUCUACUUGCACAACGUCUUGGUCUGGCUUUCUUCAAGCAACCGCGCCUCUCUUCUCUACUCUGCUCCGUCCACCAGAGAGGAAGAAGAUAUUCGACAACUUGUGUUGCUGAAUGUGAUGGUCUGCUGGAUGGUGAUGAUAAUGAUGAUGCCAAAGCAAGAGAAAAAGAUGCUGCACUGCGUUUGGCGCUCUCACGGCUUUCUGGCGAUUUCGGUAGAGAGUCUAUGUUGUCUUUGCAGCGGUUUUUUCGCUCAAGACGUCCACCAAUCAUCUCCACUGGCUCCUUGAAGCUUGAUUUAGCUCUUGGGAUUGGAGGAUUACCAAAGGGAAGAAUCGUUGAAAUUUAUGGGCAAGAAGCAUCUGGGAAGACCACACUUGCACUUCACAUCAUCAAGGAAGCUCAAAAGCUUGGAGGAUAUUGUGCGUAUCUUGAUAUAGAGAAUGCAAUGGAUCCUUCACUUGCAGAAUCUAUGGGUGUAAACACAGAAAACCUUCUUUUUUCACAUCCCAAUUCAGCUGAGAAUGUGCUAAACGUGGUUAACACUCUGACUAAAAGUGGUUCUUUGGAUGUAAUUGUGGUUGAUAGUGUAGCUGCCCUGGUCCCCCAGUGCGAACUUGAUGUUGUAAUUGAUGGUGCAUACCGAGAUGCACAGUCAAGAAUUAUAACCCAAGCAUUACGAAAAAUACAUUCUUCAUUAUCCCGUUCUCGAACUCUUAUCGUUUUUGUUAAUCAGGUUAGAUCAAGUCCAAGCGCAGGGCAAGAUUUUGGACCUAUGGAUGAGGUUACUUGUGGUGGAAAUGCCUUGAGAUUCUAUGCGGCAGUACGACUGAGAAUAAAAAGGACACGGUUGCUUAAGACUGAGGAUAAGGUUACAGGUCUUGGGAUUUCUGUGCAAGUGGUGAAAAAUAAAUUAGCACCUGCGAUGAAGAAGGCUGAUCUGGGGAUACAGUUUGGGAGAGGCUUAUGCCUUGAAUCUGAGGUAUUUCAGUUGGCUUGUGAGCAUGGUCUCAUUGCCAAAGAAGGAAGCAGUUACCUCAUAGGACGAAAGGUGUUUAGUACUGAACAUGCAGCUGAACAGUAUCUGGCCAAAAAUGAUGCGCUUUUUGACAAGGCAGUUACGAUUUUAAGGAAAAUGAUGUUCGAAAGAUAG